AUGAGGAUAAAAAGGAUGAAGAUUAAGGAAGAAGCUCAGAGCUCAUCAUCAAUGGAGGAGAAUAUUUCUGUAGGGAAAUACGUGGAAGUUUGCAGCAAAGAAGACGGGUUUCUGGGCUCUUAUUUCGUAGCCAAAGUGGUGGGAAGAGUGGGGAAAGAGCGGUUGAAAGUGGAGUACACGACGCUGGUUUCGGAAGAAGACGAGAACAGGAGGCUGAGGGAAGUGGUGGCGGUGAGGGAUGUGAGGCCGUGCCCGCCUCUCAUUAGGGUGGCGGAAUUCCACAUGUUGCAGAAGGUGGACGCGUACGACAGAGAGGGGUGGUGGGUCGGAAGGGUUACCGGCAGAGGCGGUGGUGAUGAAAAGUAUUAUGUUCACUUUGACAGUAGCGGAGACGAGAUCGUUUAUUCUGGUUCACUGUUGAGAGUUCAUCAAGAAUGGGACGAUGGAAUGUGGGUUCCUUCUGUGAGAAGAGGUUUGCAUGGAUUUUCAUGA